GGGCAGCGCGGCGCGUCCCAGGGCAGCGCCGGUCCCUGCGCCGGCGCCGCGGGUCGGGCGAGCGCUGCGCGGGGCUGCGGCCGCCGCUCCACCGGGCGCGCCUUGGAGGGCUCCGGAGUCGCGGCCCCAUUAUGGUCAGCCAUGGCGUGGCUGCCGGGCGGGCUGGCCGAGCUGCGUUGGGGCGCGCUCGUCGCCCUCUUCGUGGCGGCGGUGGCCACGCUGGCCGUGUACCUGGUGCAGUACGCGCUGCUGGCGCUGCGGAGGGGCCGCCCGGCGCCGGCCGCCGCUGCCCCGGUGCGGCGGGACGAGCUGCUGGAGGAGGGCGGCUCGGUGCUGGCCUGGGCGCUGUCGCGGGGCAGCUGGAGGCGGCAGUGGCGGCGGGCCUGGGUGGCGGCGCUCCGAGGCGAGGCGGCGGAGCGGGCGGAUUCCCAGUUGCUCACGUUUGAGGAAGACGACCCAGCAGAACCACUUGAGCUAGCAAUUAAAGAAGUUACCAGUGUUGUAAAGUCAGCUGAAGAGAAGGUGGUCUCUUGCAACGUUGUGGGAGAUUCUGUUAAAUUCCUCGUUGCUGUCUCAGCCUCUCCACCUGCGGCUGCCGAAGCUCAGUCGUAUUUUGUGAAGCUGUCCCCAGUCCACUUGCAGCUUCAGCUCUAUGUGAAAGACAAAGGAGAAGAUGUCAAAGUUGAGUGGUUCCUCAUUAACACCAAUGAAAUCAACUUUGAAAUCCAGCCAGCAGUGCAGGAGGAGCAGACAGCAGGGACAUGUGCAAUAUCUGAAACGCUCAGAGAUGUCUUGAAGAACCUCUUCAGCUCAGCUUCUCCAUCUGUCGUGUUGAGUGUGAGGCCUGCAGAUACAAAGGAGGUUCAGAAUGUACAGAGCACGAGCCUUCUCCCUCAGGGCACAAGUCCUCCCAAACCUCCAAGGGCUCAUGACCUCAAGCUGCUGGUGAGGAACAUCGCGGUGAAGCUGAGUGAUCUCCGUGCUGCAGGCAGCACAGACCUUGUGUGUAUAGUUCAGUUGAAUGACCCUAUGCAGAAGUUUUCCAGCUCUGUAGCCAAAAAUGCUGCACAUCCCUUUUGGAAGGAAGAGUUUAUCUUUGAACUAAGUGCCAAAUCCAAAGCAUUGCAACUGCAAAUAGUAGAAGAUGGAAAGUUGGAUAGUCCUUUAUCCGGGAGUGUGACUGUACCUCUAGACCUGUUCAGGAAACAGCCCUGUGGCCAGCACAGCUUUGCCCUGAUCAGCCAGCCCAGGGAGAGCAGCUCAGAGCCAGGGCCUGGGCUGGGAUCCAUCAGUGCAGAGUUCUCUUUUAUAGAACCCAGUGAGCUGAAGGCAAGGCAGGUCUCCUCUCCAGUGCUGGCCACCAAGAUCGAAAAGGAUCGCACUGUGAUGCCCUGUGGGACUGUGGUCACCACUGUCACUGCUGUGAGAACCAAACCUCGUCUGGAAGGGAGAUCAUCCCCGCUGAGCACAGAUUCCCCUGUGAAAACUCCAGUUAAAGUAAAGGUGACUGAAAAGGAUUUCACUGUUGAAGCCCUCCAUUCUCAUGGUGCUCCAGUCAGCAAAACUUUGUCAUCUUCAGAUACAGAGCUGCUGGUACUGAACGGCACCGACCCUGUGGCAGAAGCGGCCAUUCGGCAGCUGAGCGAGUCUGCAAAGCAGAAGCUGAAGUCUCCUCGAAAGAAAAGCACCAUUAUCAUAUCAGGGGUGUCCAAGACCUCUUUAUCUCAGGACAGUGAAGCUUCACUGAUGAUGGACUAUGCUGCAGCCAUGGACAGCUCCUGCAGGGAAGCAGAUCCACCCUCUGUGGAAGAAGCUGUUGCAAAGAUCACCUCUGAUGAAAAGCAGUCACUGGGUGCUUCAGAACGAGACCCUGGUACUGACCCACAGCAAAGCAGCCACAAGGCCUGGGGUUUGGAGAAUGGCAGCCAGCAGUGGGACACCAGCACACUCUUAGACCAGACCUCUGAAGAAAUAUCUGGGAGUUCAUUAAGUGUUUCAGAAACUGGCAGCAUGAAAAAAUCUAAAGGUGGGAUUUUGAAGAAAAGCGCGAAGCUGUUUUUCCGCCGGCAGCAUCACCAGAAGGACCCAGGAAUGAGCCAGUCCCACAAUGACCUGGUGUUCCUGCAGCAGCCUCUGUCAGAGGAGAGCCGCAAGAAGGGGGGGACACUCUCACGAAUUCUGAGCAAGAAGCUCCUUUCCAGGAACAAGAGCAAGAGCAAACUGAACGGUGCUUCGGGAGAGCCGUACCUAUAAACCCAAACCCCCUCCGAUGGGAUCCCUGCUCACCAGCUGAGCACUUGUUUACAGAGCAGUACUAGAGAAUACAAAUAUGGCUGAUGACUUGCAUAAAAGGAUGUUCACUAUUAACAGUGGGGUUUUUUUGGUUUAUUUUUCCAAAACGCUUCUUCUUUCUGAUGAUGAAGUCGCUCCUCUGAAUACGAGCAGUGCCGAAUGUGUCCUGACAGCUUUUGGAGGAGCAUGUGGUUUCUUGUUGAAGAGGAGGGAGGAUGGGGAAUGGUGCAGGUGGUGACCAAGAAGGCACCUGAUGUCCUGGGGUACACUGGGAAGAGCAUUCCCAGCAGGUAAUGCCCCUGUGCCCAGCCCUGGAGGCACCUCUGGGCUGCUGUGUCCAGCCCUGGCUCCUCAGCACAGCAGGGACAGGAGCUCCUGGAGCUGAGGAAGGGCCUGGAGCAUCUCCGUGCCCAGGAAAGGCUGAGGGAGCUGGGGCUGCUCAGCCUGGAGAGGAGCCCCAGCUGAGAGGGGCCUCAGCCCUGGGUGCCCCUGGGUGUCCCUGGGUGUCCCUGGCUGUCCCUGUCCAUCCCUGUCCGUCCCUGUCCAUCCCUGUCCAUCCCUGGCUGUCCCUGUCCAUCCCUGUCCAUCCCUGUCCAUCCCUGGCUGUCCCUGGGUGCAGGAGGGGCAGAGCAGGCCCAGGCUCUGCUCCAGGCCCAGCAAUGGCACCAGAGCCACGGGCAGGGGCUGAGCCCAGCAAUUCCCCCUGCACAGGAGGCACAACUUGUGCCCUGGGCAGUGCCCAGCCCUGAGCAGAGAGCAGAGAGGGGCUGGAGUCUCCUCCUGGGGAUAUUGCAGAGCCCUCUGGACACAGCCCUGUGCCCGCUGCUCUGGGAUGGCCCUGCUGGAGCAGGGAGCUGGCACCAGUGACCCACUGUGGCUUCCAGGCUGACCCAUCCUGCAGGGAGGACCACAACGUGAUCAACUGACUGACAUCAAUAGGAAACUCAGAACUGAAACAUCACACCCAGUUCAUGCCACUGAACCUCAACAGAGAGAGAAGACCCCACUGCGCUCCCUCACUGCAGCCUGCAACAUUAGCAAUUGAUUUUUCUAGUCAGACUGAAAAGAGGGAAAAAAAGAGGCCCAGAUCCAGUUUGUGUUGUAGUUUGGAAGCGGGUGAGUGUUCAGAAGCAGAAGGAAAAUGCUGACUCGGAUAUCCUACUGUAAUAACUGUAGCCUGCUUUAAUCACUGCUCAGCCCCUGUAGGUGGAGAGAUGCCUUUGACAUUAGCCAUAAAUCAAUAAAUUAUGCAAAUACCAAUACUAGCAUAUUGUUUCAUGUUCUGCUUAAAAGGAGUUAUGCUUAAAAAAUAGAAUUUGUUUUUUUAUUUUAAAAAUCUACUUGAAGCUACUUGCAAACACAGUAUUUGCAAAAUCUUACAUGUAGCUUUUCUUCCUGUGUGAGAAGCUGUAUUGCUAAUGCAAAAACUCAUCUUAGGGGCUCUAAUUCCUUCUCCCAAGUGCUUGUUAGACAAAUACAUAAACCAUCAUAUCAAAUGCAAAGCUAGAGCAGUAAAUGGUGAAUAGAGCAUAGUCAACCCUACAGUGCUUUUCAUUGGAAAGCUUGUCUCACUUGCCAAACACUUACUGAGAUCUUAAAAUACACAAUUGUGAAGAAAGCUUUUGAAAAAAUAUUAAUUCCCCUAGUUCAGGUUCUAGAUCUACCAGUGUUGUCAUGUGCUGAGUGGUUGGUUGGUCAGAUGAGUUUUUUUAACCUUCUUUCCUUGCUAAAUAUUUCAGCUGCCUCCUUUAGUCUAAAAUGAAAAACUGAUGGGAGUAAAGGCAUAGUUCUCAUUUUGGCUAUGAAGAAGAGUAAAAUGUCAGUAUUUCACAGGUACCAUUUUUCAUGCUUUACCUGUACUUUUCCAUCAUCGACAUUCCUGCUGAGGACAAAGGACCAAGCCUGUUCUCUUCAGCCAAGAAAAACAUCCAUUCAUUCCAACUAAAUUACUGAAGUGAAUGGAUGAUAGACCUUGUGCCUACUUUGCCAACAGUGAUUUUUCCCCUGGCCCCUUUCCUCCCUUUAAGCUAUCCAACACUUUGGCAGAUAUUUGUGCUUUCAACUUAAAGCAUUCAUCAAAAAUAGAAAGUUAAUGAAGACUAGAAACACAUUUCAAAUUUCAAAUUUUGAUGGACUCAAGGUUCUCUGGUAAUAUCAAAGUAGAGAGGUUUGGUUUCUUUUUUACCAAGAAAAUAUUAGAACUGAACUGUCAAUAUAUUUUAACUAUUUAAAAAUACUGUUUAUGUGUAACCUCCUAAGAUCACUGUGGUAGUACAGUAGACCAGACUAUCAAAUAGUUGUACGUUUAAGCAUGCUGCUUGUUAUGAAAACACUUGAAGGCAUUUUAAUGUUCUGUAUUUUGAAAAUUGGGUACAAAUUAAUCUUCUGGAGCUGUAUUAUGCUUAGAAAUCCCAGUUCAGUAAUACAGGUUUGUCCAGCCUGAAUGUGCCUGAACAGUUUUGUUUAUUUCUAAUUGAAAACAAAGUAGAAAUUUUGUUUCUUCAUUUGUUCUACAGUGGAUGAUGAUGUGAGCCCAUGAUUAAAACCCCUGAUGCCAUGUUCCCUCAAGAGACACUUUUUCUCUUGACUUUACCAGGAACUCUCUGUGUUAUGGGGCAGGGUGGGAGCCAAAUCCCUGCCAUUUUUAAAUGUUCAGUCUUUGUUGCUGAAGGAUAAAACUACAAAUUCAAGAAAUCUGAAUGAAAUUGAGCUCCGUGGGUAGCACAUCCAUACACAAAAAACAAAGAGCUGUGGAAUUGAAAAUGUAGAGGCAGCACAUAACAUUACUUGAAAUCUUCGUAAAUUACUGAGCUGGGAUUUUAAUUUACAGAAGCUUUAGCCUGUACUGUAGAAGAGGGUGAAAUAACACUGAGUAACUUGCAGGAUACAGCACUAGGAUUUGCUUGUAACUUACCCCAGAGAAUGGAUACACAUGAAAAAAGUGGUUCAUCUUAAGGUCUUAAUGAUCACUUGAAUGCUUGUCUUGAUGGUGGGAAUGAAGAACAUUCUUUACUGCAAACUGAGGGUUUGGGCUCACAUGUGUUGAGAAGGAAUUCUUCAGAUGAGGAGAGCAAGGCAUUUGGUGUAAAAAGGGAAUCUGUUUUUUUAUUUGCCUUCACUCCUCAGGAAAAUAAACAUUGUUUGGUUUGAUGUUGGAUCUCUGUAUCUGGCGGCUGUGUUCCUCACCUCUUCUUACUCCUCUGCAAAUAAUUUAUGUCCUGCUGUAAGAACAAGCUAAGGCACUAAACAGAAAGGGACAAUUGUGCUGUUCAGUUGUGAUAACCCCAAAGACCCACAAUAAUGAAUCCCAUCCCUUCCUUAGGUUGUCAUUUAAGAUCAGGAGAUCUGAGGAUGUACAUUUUUUGUGUAUUUGGGUCAGUAUGAUCCUCACAACUUGCAGGAUCCACACUGCAGUUUUGGGUCAGAAAGACUGGAUUUGUUUACUGGCACAAAUAACAUCAUGAUGUGUCCUGCACAGUUUUUGUGAAGGAUGCCAGAGGAUUACAAACACCUUCUGUGUUUUGUAAUUUGAUCCACUGUUCAAAUGUCUAGUUAUUAAAAUUAUAAAGAAUUUGAGUAACAACCCACUAGAACAGUAGAUAAAAUUUUUACAUGAUAUUAUUACACUGAAAACUUCUUGUUUACUGCCUUGCAAUUUAAUGGCAUCAGGACAGUAUAUUGGUAACAACCUGUGAAAUAUUCAUUCCUUCUGUCCCUUUUCUCACACAUUUGUGUUUCUGGGUGUUCUGUACAGCAAAGAAAGCAUGGUAUUUAUUUCAUGAGGACUAAGAGAUGAAGGCUUGUUUUUCUUUCUAAAGAAUUUUUCUGCCCAUACCUGCAACUUCUUAAUUUGUGUUUGUAGUUUGUUUUGUUUUAUGGUAUUUAAACUUUACAUAUGCCUCAAAGGAGACAAGCCCUAUCCUCACCAAGAUUUGUCUUAGCUUUAGUGUGAAUUUUGACUGAGUAAAUAUUACAAGAAUUACAUUGCUCUUUGUAGAUGAAAGCAAUAAAACUACCUAAUACCUCUAAUGGGAAUACAAGCUAAGUAACUUUCUUUAAGUGAUUGAGAUCCCUUUCAAAGUCAUUCUAAAGUGGAGGGGAAGACUUUAUCCCUAGGUCAUUGGUAUUUCAUAUCCUACUUGCCCCAGGUAGAAUAUUAGAGUCAUUUCACUCCUAACCAUAUAUGAAACUUGGGAAUCCAAGGCAGAAGGAAUGCCAGGGUGGAAAAAAGUUCAUUUUGAAAGUGAAAUACCUUUGCCAGACUUCUUCGACUUAAUGGGCAGCACAUCCACUGUGCAGGCUUAAAUACUGGGUUUUAUUCUUACACUUUCUGACAGAUUUUCUUUUUCCCUGCUCUUUCUUUGGGAGACAGGUUGGGGCUCCAGGCCAUACAGACCUUGCUCUUGAGAGGACUGGAUUUAUAAUGCUGCUUUUUUGAUGAAAUUGGAUGGCAAUUAGACCAGAUUUAGGGAUCAGUGGAAUUUUACAGCAUUUUACAUCCUGGUACUGCAUCUCCUUGCUGGUUCUAGGUGUUUUUCAAGUGAAAACUUUCUGCUAUUUCUUGCAGAGUUCUGGUGUUCUUGAUGUGCAAAACAUCAUAGGAAAAAAAACAAAGUUGAAAGCAUAAAAUGCUACCAAAUGUGGAUGGGGAAGCAAAAUAAGAAUCUUGCUCUUGUUUUAACACCUUUUUUAGGUCUGGGAGCUCUGGGUGUUACACAGAGCGUGGUGAGAGCUGGCUGGAUUUUUCAGUUGAGUUUAUUGCAGGCUUUGGUUUGGAGAGCUGAGGUUUGAGACAAGUGCUUAUAGAAUUAACUGUGCCAUAGCUCCAGGCUAAGACAUUCCUGUUGUGAGUGGGAACAGCUGACCUCAUGCUCUGACCUCCACAGGACCUAAGUGGAUUUAUUCAUGUGUUUAAAGUCAGCAUAUGCUUCUGCACAUUGCUAAGCCUCAGCCUUGGUGACAAACAACUCCAGAUUAAUUAUAUAACGAGGGUGAUUGCUUUAAGUUAAGGGUGAAUAAUACCACUUCACUCAGGAUAUCCAAACUGCUACUAUGCAAGGUGCUGGCAUGGUGUGAAAAUAGCUGGGAAGGAUGAUCUGAGGUCUUUCCAGUACUAUAACUCUGUAUUUCCCAAUGAUGUAUUAUGCUCUGUAUUAUUCCAGGCGGGGUAAAACUUUUUUUUUUUUUUUUUUUUCCUAGCAUCAACUGUCAUAGUCACUUCUUCUGUGGUGUGUUUUUCUUCCUGUGCAUACAUAAACUCCAGUUGGUGCAAUUAUGGUAUCUAUGAUGUACAGAUUUAUUAUAUCACUACAAAAACCUAAGAGGAUUUUUUUAAAGAAGUAACUCCUGCUGUACAUAAAAUAAAAGCCAAUUGUCUCUGUGUGGUGUG